UAUUGAACCUUUAUAUAUUAGCAUAGGACAUAAAGAGAAAGAAACAUAACUUUUAGCACACACACUGGUCAUUUUUAUUGAUAUUGUGACAGUAAGUUCAAAUUGACUUUGGCAAUUCAGGCUAACGAUAAGCAACGGACCUACUUCUAAAAUCUGCUGGUUAGAAUUCUAGUCGCGUUGAAAAAUAAAAAGGAUGUGAUUAUGAAAAAUCUGAAUUAAAAAAUGAUAAAAGUCGUGAAAAUUGAUGAGGCAGAUUCCCAUCUUGUUUACGUAUGACCUCAUCCCUCCAAUGAGCGCGUUGGAGUUGUAGAAAAGCGAAAGCAGUGUUCAAAGAUAGGCAAGUACUGUGAAAAUAGCUCGCGUUGAAGAGAUGCAAUAUUCCCCUCCUCCCCGUGAAUUUUUCCUCUGGCCGUGCAGCCAAAGGUUGACUUUAUAGCGGCGAGCCAUAUUGACUCACAAGCUGCUGCGGGCCCAUUGAGGCGUGUGUCAUGUAGUGCCAGUGGUCACAUGGCUCGGGAUCGACAUGGACCUCACUCACGCACGUCAGCUCACGACGUGCAGGGCUCAGUGCGCCUCACUAAAGUCACUGCAGCUCACUCAGUCAGCAGGAUGACCCCGUGCUGAAAGAGGACAAGAGUAUGGAUUUGGAUGCUUCCAAUAUGUAUCUACCCAGCUGCACUUACUACGUCCCUGGAGCGGAUUUCACGGCUCUUCCGCACUAUUUGGCCCAGGGUCAGCCUUCCUGCCCGGUGGCUUACUCGUACCAGUCGUCGGCCCUUCCUCAGGUUCCAUCCGUGAGAGACGUGGCAUUCAGAGACUUUGCUGUGGACAGCGCGGCGAAAUGGCACCACGGCAGGGGGAAUCUAGCGCACUGCUACGCGGACGACGGCUGGACCGGCCCGACCCCCCGCGGGGGUGACGCGCAGGCGAAAGGCGUCUGCUCUUCGGGCUCCGCCAACGCGCCGGGAGGCUUCCACGGUGGCGCGGCCAGGAACGGCGUCCUCCCGCAGGCUUUCGACCAGUUCUUCGACUCGGCCUUCGUAGGCCAAGAGCACGGAGCUGCCGCGCCGGGCCAGGACAGGCUUUGCGCGGUCAAGUCCAGCCCCGCGCCAGCUCCUCAAGCUCCGGGCUCGGACACGGCGGAGAGCUGCAGCCCCAAAUCGUCCCCCGGCCUCGGCGACGACAGGAGCGCAAAAGGCGGCGGUGACCAGAAGACGCGCAAGAAGAGAUGUCCAUACUCCAAAUAUCAAAUCAGGGAGCUGGAGAGAGAGUUCUUCUUCAGCGUGUACAUCAACAAGGAAAAGCGACUGCAGCUUUCCAGGAUGCUCAACUUGACUGACCGGCAGGUGAAAAUCUGGUUUCAGAACAGGAGGAUGAAGGAGAAGAAACUCAACAGGGACCGUUUACAGUACUACACCAGCAACCCUCUGCUAUAAAAAAACGUGGACUUUAUACACGUCAAACACCUGGACGCCGUUGGGAACUCAGACAAACGAUGUGUUAUUAAACGUCCCUUUCUCUAUUAUUAUUAUUAUUAUUAUUAUUAUUAUUAUUAUUAUUAUUAUUAUUGUGACAAAAAAUGCUCUUAUGUUCUACCCCCAAUUUAUAUGCUCGUAUUUACAUGUUUACAUGUUCGCACGCAUGCACAGACGGUGCUAUAUAUAUAUAUAUAUAUAUAUAUAGUAUAUUGAUGGCUGGAGGUGAAUUUUGUGUGCUGUUUAUGUUUUAACCUGCAGCUGCGACACAUACAGCCAUAUUUAGCAUCUACUUGACGGAAUUGUAAACCAGUAAUAUAAAAAAAUCCCUGCAGUUUAACUAAACCCUUUAUUUUUGUUUUAUAUUGCGGCACGUAUAGUUCGUAUGCAAAAUGCCUCUUCUGCCGAGCCUCAGUAACAGGAUCUGCUGCAGCUUUUAAUUUGAUAUCCAUUACAAAGAGCUCAGUCGUUUCCUGUAGGCUGAUUUCUGACCUGACAUGCCUGUUAGUGGAAAGAAAAAAAUCCCCCACGUUCUUGUGAUGAAUGGAAAGUCUGUUUGUGUGAUUUUGGAAAUUUCCAUCUAAAUAUUAAUUUGGUCUUA